AUGUCUACAGGAUCAAGAUCCGCCUCUGGCGCUCUCGCAGUGAACCAGAUAAAUACAUACGACGAUUUUGAACCAUGUGCUUCUACUGCUUCGCUGUUUCUUUACGCUCAACGGUCUUCUAUCCUAUGUCUCCACCAUGAUACCCUGGCGAUCGAGCGACGGUUCGACCGCCAUCAGGAAAGAAUACAGUUUAUAUCAGUGGAUAAUGUUAGCGAAAGAGGUGCAGGAAGGUUGGUAGUCAGCUACGAUGCCAGUCAGACAGCAAUCGUUUGGGAUAUAUUUACUGGACAAGAGGUAUCCCGGUUUGCGUCUUUCGAACAUAUUCGGGUAGCUACCUGGAUGAAGAAUGGAAAUGUGUCGUUUGGAAAUGCAAAGGGAGAAAUCAUCCUCUUUGAGCCGGCAACUUCUGAACAUGUGUCUGCUCGCACAAUUUUUGACCCCAUUACCGCUUUGGCACCGGGAAACGAUUGCCGAAUUUACGCUAUUGGAUAUAACAAUGGCUCAAUAUUAAUCGCUACCAUCCAACCAUUUACAAUAUUGCAUACGCUCACUACAUCCCGGGCCCCCUCCUCGAUUGUUUCACUUGCAUGGCAUGCCUCAUCUACCAAGCAAAAAUCAGAUAUGCUUGCGAGUCAGACUGUUAAUGGAGAUUUACUCGUAUGGAGUGUGUCGAAGCAUCCCGCCAAUGAAACACCUCGGGUUAUCAGAUCCCUCAAAAGAUCCGAAUUUGGCUCUCCAGGACCAAAAUGGAUUGCCUGGUCCAAGAAUGGGCGAAUUGUUCAGUAUGCUGAAGGGGAAACCUGGGCGUGGGAUGUGAAAACAAAACAUGUAACUUAUGAGCCAGUGCCAACCGUGUCAGGGGUGAGAGCCUUGGCGAGUUAUGGAGCAACAGCAACCCUGUUCACUCUGGGCCCAAACCAUACUGUCCAACAGUAUGAUCUUGAAAAUCCUACUAUGGUGGCUAAUGUUCAGCAUAUUCCUCUUACAUCCUUAGCCGAUCAACCAGGUGAGGUGAAAGUUGAGAAAGUUGAAUCAGGACUUACAACCAAAAAUUUGGCAGAAUACCAGACCACCAUUGCCGAGAGACUGGGAAGUCCACCGCCCGGUUCAUCAGAGAGACAUAUUGACCCGAAUGCCUUAGAACUUGCCCGCCAGCGAGCUGGGCUAACAAGUCCUUUGUCUAAUGGAAGUCAAACCGCUUCGACCGGCUCAGCACAUUCUUACAACCGUGGUGUCCGGGGUCCAGUAUCAGUACAUUCAAGAUCCUACAACAGCGGAACCACCUUCUCAAUGAGCUCCCCUUCCCCCUCGAUCCCAGAAUCGCGAUCGGUAACAUCCUUGAAUUAUGCUUCUUCACUCUCUACGUCGUCAAGGAGAUCAUACACUCACGGUUCCUCGCGACUACGUCACGAAUAUCUUCCAAAUUCCAAUGGCAGUAACAGUGGUAAUUCACUUGAGAAACCGAUCACAGAACUUUUCCCCUAUAUCCGGAGUCGUGUGAACAAUGUGCCGUUCCAGCCUCCUCGCCCUCAAAACGAUGGCAAUUUAUCACCCAACGAGUUGAGGAAACAGAUGCUGAACGUGGUCUUCGGAUGGGAGGGAGAUAUUGAUGGAUUAAUUCGGGAUGAGCUACGUCGUCAUAGCCCUGGAAGUCAGCAUGCUAUUCUUCUCGCUCGCUGGCUUGGAGAAAUCGAUCCAACCCUGAUAAUAUCGAUGAUGGGACCAGGUUCCAGCCAGUAUAGUGACUGGAUGUUACUUGCGUUAACCCAACUUGGAAACCAGGGUCAUAGCAAACACCUCGGGCAAGCACUGGUUCAGAAACUUUUGGCAAAGGGUGACAUCCAUGCCUCUGCAGCAGUUCUUCUGGGAAUGGGAGAUAGUAACGACGCCAUCGAGGUUUACGUGUCCAGAAAUAUGUUUAUGGAGGCAAUUCUUUUGACAUGUUUGUUAAUGCCCACUGAAUGGCAGAGGCAAUCAUACCUGGUUCGAAAGUGGGGUGAGCAUGUGGUUCAGAACUCUCAGCAGCAUCUGGCUAUUCGGUGCUUUGCUUGCACCGAUGCGGAAACAUCUGAAGCUUGGGCCUCUCCGACUGCUCAGAUGACAACCAUUUUAUCCGACCAGUUAUCCAGGUCCCGCGGUCCAACACCAACGAACGCAGAGGUUUCUAUUACUGCUAAUGCACCGCGUCCUCCCUCUCGCGGGAAUCUAAAAAGCCCUGCCCUGAAGCUCAUCACUUCGUUCAGUCCUCACCCGAACGGCCAAUUUAAGUUCCCAGGCCUUACAUCUGCGGAUCGCACACCAACAAAUGCUCCUGGAGUUACCCCCAUUUCAGAUUCCGCGGUUGCAGAUCCUACUUCACCCGGGGGAUUUGGUACGCAUAGAUUACCCCUUGGGCGUAUUGGCCGAACGGGAACACCAACCAACUUUGCUAAGCACCGGCUGCCAUCUAUUGGAGAGACUCCUAUUGAUGUGAAUCCUCCCGCGUUCACUGUUCCGAAGGGCUUACCAACACCUGUUGACUCAGGUUCUGAUAAGGAGAGGGAUGCUAACAACGUAGACCUGACCAUUGUACAGCGGCUGGUUGAUACCCCAGAACCAGUUUUAUUGUCAUCUGCUAGAUAUACCCCUAUAUCAGAAACCCCAAGGAAGACUCCGACCACGGCUGUUCUCCUCGGUGAUGACGAUUCCGACGGUGGGCGACCGUUUUCACCUCCAAACACGAUCUUUGAGUCACUGAAUGUGCAGAAUCAAAACAGAACUAAGUCGCGUGAGCGCAAGGGCGGGCGCAAGGCCGAAGGUCUCCAUGUUUGGCCACCCCUAGAUGUUUUCCCACCUAAUGGGCCCGACUCAUCAAGCUCCUGUGAUGGUUUGCGUCGAUCACUAUCACAGAAUCAGCACCGCGGCCCAACACCGGAUAAUUAUUAUAGCUCUGCCUUGUCAACCGCUAGCGCAAGGUCAACAAGAAGUGCGAAUGCCAGUAUCAGAAGUAUCGAUCCUUACGUUAGCAGCCUAGACGAAGCUACCUACCGUUCGCAACAUCAUAGAAGUGGACGUGAAAGGCGAAAUACGGACACUGAAUAUGAUAUUAAAGGACGCGGCAAGCACGGUUCCCGAGCGCACUCAAAGGAAUCUCGGGGAAGAAGUGACCAGCGGUACAUACAACCCGCAAAGCGAUCACCAUCAUCGCCUGUCCCAAUGUCCCCUGAGGACUUGGCGCUAUAUUCCACAGCCACUGACACGACUGACACCCAAUCAAAACGGAGCUUGGGUCAUGGAACCUUCCAUAGGAAUAGAAGACAUACCAAGUCCCGAACUCGAUCAGCAUCUAGACAUGGUGAUCGACCUCGCAAUCGCUCUGGUUCUUGGGUAGGUGACAAGUCUAGUCGAGUUACAACACGCCUCCAGAGCCCAGACCCCCUGUACAAUCCUAUUACACCACGAGGCAGGAGUUCGCAAAGGACAGAGGGAUCUGGCCCCAAGUCCCCAUCUUCACCCCUCCCUAUGUCACCAUCUGCCGGGGACUACGGUCGUGGCCCUGAUGUUGAGGAUGGUCUUCGACUGGUUAAUGGAGAUAGGAAUCACCGUAUGCGAUCAAGGCAACGACGCCAGACUCGUCGUCCGGAACGCGGUACAAGCUCCCGUCGCGACCUAUCUCCAGACCGAAGGAGAGAGCGUGAGCGGUCUCAAAGCAGACAGAGUCUAGAUUACGCAAACAGUGCACCCAGAGAUCUAUAUGAUAGCGGGGAUGGCAGUAAAACCCAGCAUAGACACGCGUACUCUAUUGAUAACGAAAUGCCCUCUACCGCAGGCUUUGAAAGCCGUCGACAGCCGACACCAAUACUAUCCGUGGCAGAACGUUCGAGGAAGGAAAUAGCAGCUGCUGAAUUGGAAGCUCGCCGUCUGUCUCUAGCACGGCGGCCUUCCGCUCCCUCGAUUCCACUACCAGGCGACGUCAAGAACAAUUUCUCCGUCCGGCAGAAUACGGUUGACAGUCCUCCACUCAGUGGGUCUCUCAGCCACAGAAUUGGUGGAAAGAACCAAUCUCCAGCAAAUUCAAGCCCCUCCGAUUCCAACCAUUCGGGACGCGGGCCUUCGAGUGUUCCAAUUGGUCUACCCGCAACUCCAAGGGCAAUGAGGCAUCCGAAGUACAGCACCGGGUAUGCAAAUGUCAGCGUACCUGCUUUACCUGAGGUUCCUGGUAAUAUAGUGACAUUAAGUGACACUGUGUAUCGGCCAACUGGAUUUAACAUUUUACGCUCUGCCUCUGCUCCUCCUGAACAUCUGGAAAUCGUUGGAAAACCACAUGGAAUUGUGGCACACCCUCAUUAUCAACAUCAAAUACCUAGCAGCAAACCAGCUCAGAACUUCUCCCAUCGUCGACAGACAUCGCAGGAUAUUGUUUACAAUCCAUCUAACGGUACCAUUAAUAAUGUAGCGCCACCUCUUCUCCCGGAGCUUCGGCAUUUGCAAUCGCCUCCCCCACCACCCCCGCCCCCUCCAAUGAUUAACACGCAUGUCCACAUGCCACCAAUGUACGAUGCACGCAGCUCACUUGUUUCCGGUGUCGGUACCAUCAAUAUCGCUAUUGAUGAUCCCGGCAAGAUGAACGACCAGGUCCGUCAUCUACCAGCGGAGUCCUUGGCCGUGUCGCCGUCAAAAGGUAACGGCGAGGCCUCUCAUCGCCGUGGUCGCAGCGUGAAUGAAAACUUGACGAGCAAGAUUCGAAAUUUUACCGACAGAAUGCGUAGCACAAGUAGGGGACGCAACACCCAGUCCCCACCUCGGGAACCCGACGUUCCAUCUCCAUAUGAAAGUUUGUCAAUACAAAACGUUAUAGAAAACCAGAUAUAG